AAAACAAAAGACACUAUGAACGUGAGCGGCGCUUGGAAAUGAUGAGAGGAUGACGCGUGACGGAGAAAUUCCAGCGAUCUUCAAUCCAAAACGCGUCCGCGCGCCAUCCGUUGUUGUCACUGGGGACUCCUCGUCGAAUGGACCGUUCAAUAACAACAAUACCAGCGGGACAGUAGGAAGCGUUGGUGGUGGUGGCAUUGCCAGCAGCAGCAGCGUUGGCGCUGUCGGGAGUUGUGGCUUCAGUAAUGUGCUGACCUCAAGUAAUCCGCAAAUAACCCACCAAGACUCGAUAUCAUCGAGCCAACAGGAUCCCAAUGAGGUCAUUACCAUCCAGGCGGACACGCCCACAGGACCACACGGAUCACAACAUAAUUUUGGAGGCGAUACGAACGAUCCACAAACACAUGGACAACUGGCCAUAGAUCAUCAGCAGCCAAAUGGCAUUCCGGCUGGCGAGGAUGCGGAAGUGCGUUUCCGCAAACUCAAAGCCUGCAAGGAGUCCUGCUGCUCCGAGCUGGCCAAGAAGAUGUACUUUGGCGUAUGCGUUACGAUUCUGGUGACUGCCUCUUGGGUGGGUGCGACGCACUGCAUCAAGUACAUGUAUUUGUAUCGGGCGCCGUAUGAAGAUGAGCUGGACGACUAUUUGGAUACGUCGUCGAGCCGGGCUGAGCUCAGCACCGAACUGGAGGAUAUAUUGGCCAUCAGUGAUUCAUCGCUGCAUCAUGUCGAGGACGCCACCGAGAUGUUCAACAUACCACCGCGACAGCCCGUCUACUUUAAUGCGCCGUUCUUUGCGGCAUGGUUCUUUACUAACUUUUCGCUGCUCUUCUUUCCCAUCUAUAUACUCGGUCUCAUAUCCGCCCGCAAGUGCGACAAGCUCAGUGAGAUUUUAGCCGAUGUCCUGCGGGGAUUUCGUGAACGUGGCUUUACCAUAGGCCGUUUCCUAAAUCGUUGCUUAUCCUUUUGCAUCCUGUGGCUGGUGACCACCUAUCUAUACACACUGUCGCUGCAUGUUCUCUUUGCAACAGAUGCACUGGCUCUGUUUGCCACAAACGUUGCUUGCGUCUAUUUGCUCUCCUGGGUCAUAUUGCACGAGCAGUUCGUUGGCGUUAGGAUUGUGGCCGUUAUCCUGUGCGACACUGGCAUCGCGUUGCUUGCCUAUAUGGACGGCAUCACGGAGAGUCGCACAUUGGGUGGCGUUGUUUUGGCCACGUUAGCUGCUGCCGGUUAUGCCGUGUUUAGGGUAAUGUUCCGUAAGGUGAUGGGCGAUCCGCCUGUGGCCCAAAUCGCAUUCACAUUCACCGCUCUGGGCCUGCUCAAUGCGCUGCUGCUGUGGCCCGUCGUUUUGGCCCUGUACCUGACGGGUGCCGAGAAUCUGACAUCGGAAGCCAUACCAUGGAACAUGUUGAUGGCAGCAAGCGUGUUGCUCCUGGUUUUCCACGUACUCAUGCAGUUCAGCGCUGCUGUUACCUACAACAUGUUUGUGACAUUGGGUUUGAUAACCGCUGUACCAGUUUCUGGUGCACUCGAUGUCAUCCUGUACAGUGCGACAUUUGCGGGCAUGAAACUGGCCGGCGUCAUUUUAAUUGCCAUCGGUUUUUUCCUCGUUAUGUUCCCCGAAAACUGGCCCGACUACAUAACGCGACUGCUACGAAAGAGCGUUCGUGCCAUACUCCGUUACCAAUGUUGUUGUGAAUUAGCCGAAAUUCGCUAUGCUCAUUCGAAGCAUCAUAAUGCUGGGUCACAAUGCGAGAUGGGGUCGCGGCCCUCGGAGCGGUACUUCAAUAGGUCAGCAUCCCACCAUUAUCGACUAUCGGACGGGAUACAUAAGGUCCCAUCUUCGUUCACCCUCUGGCCGUGUGAGAUGACUGAUCUAUCGCCAACUACAGCUGGGUUUCUGCAUGGCAACACAACCAAUAACGCACAUCAUCAUCUGCAACAACAGCAACAACAACAACAGCAUCACAAUAACCACCACCACCACAAUCGACAUCAUCAGCAGCAUUUGCAGCGGCAACAUUCGCACACAUCACUCACAAUGAUUCACCGUCAGAGCAGCAGCCACAGCGUCCAUGGCAGUCGACGGGGCAGCGGCGGCAUUCGUGCACCACCCACCGGCACUGGACGCCUCUUCUCCUAUUUUGGCAACGAGCACGAGCAUGAUCAUGAGCGCAAAAAGUCGGAGACCUCAUUCUUCAAUUUGGGCUUUCGACGCAAGUCGACAGUGGUUUACUAUGCCCCCACAGAAUAGCUCCAACCUAUACAAAUUAAGGUGGUGCAGUUUUACAUUACACUUACAUCUUAUGAGUCUGUUCGUAUUCACUUACGUUUGCAUUGAUAAAACUGUAAAAUCAAAACAUUGAGAACAUCUAUACCGUUUAUAUUAAGCUUAGAAAACUAUUUUUCUCUGAGUGUAGUUGUGCAUAUCAAUAUAGUGAAUCCGAUAAGUUAGUUAACACCUGCCGCAUACAGCGAAAAAAAUUGAACACAAUCACAAGCACUUAAG